GAUCGGUGAGGAAAAAGAUUGUAGUUCGGGUGAUAUGACGGAAAACGAAUGUAAACAAAACUAUCGAAACGUCAAUUACAAGACGGAUAGCAAGUAUACGAUCAUCAUUGCUAGAACGUUGCUGAUACCAAGUGGCAUCUGGCCAUUGGAUAAAGACGAUUCGUUGCUACGCACUGUAAAAAGGUUCGUUAACAUCGGAAUAAUUUUCAGUUUGAUGUGUUUCUUACUUGUACCUCAUGUGAUCUAUACCUUUCACGACUGCGAGAAUCUGACGCGGUACAUGAAGGUAAUCGCCGCGCAAGUAUUCAGUCUUUUGGGGAUCGUCAAAUUCUGGACAAUGAUCAUCAAUAAAAAGAACAUAAGAUACUGUUUGACGAAGAUAGAAGAGCAAUACAAGAACAUCGAAUGCGAGGAGGAUCGACUGAUUAUGACGAGAUCUGCGAAGAUCGGUCGAUUUUUCCAAACGGUGUAUCUGGGAUUUACUUACGGGGGUGCUCUGCCCUAUCACAUCAUCCUGCCUUUCAUGUCGGAUAGGGUUGUCAAACGGGACAACACCACGCAAAUACCUCUGCCUUAUCUGAGCAACUAUGUUUUCUUCGUGAUCGAGGAGUCGCCGAUCUACGAGAUAAUGUUCGUUUUGCAAAUGGUGAUCAGUACCAUAAUACUGUCCACUAAUACCGGAAUUAGCAGCCUGAUCGCCACCACCGUGAUGCAUUGUUACGGUUUGUUCAAAGUCGUCAACAGAAAGAUCGAAACUAUUUUCGAUGGCAACAAAAAGGAAAUACAAGAACGCCUGAAAACCAUCGUUGAGCAUCAUCUGCAAGCAAUCGAAUUUGCUGAAAUGAUCGAGAAAGCUUUGAGCAUAGUGUUCUUUUCGGAAAUAAUCGGCAACACCAUCAUCAUAUGUUUCCUCGAAUACGGAGUGCUUGUGGAAUGGGAAGAUCAUAAAACAUUCAGCAUGAUAACGUAUUUCGUUCUGAUGACAUCCAUCUUCGUCAACGUGUUUAUAAUGUCGUUUAUCGGCGAUCGUCUUAAAGAGGAGAGUGAGAGAGUAGGAGAAACGAUAUACUUCAUACGUUGGUACGAUCUUCCCACCGAUAUAGUCAUGAAUAUUCGAAUGAUCAUACUUAGAACUAAGCGUCCGACGAAUCUGACCGCUGCUCGUAUAUUUGACGUCUCGCUUCAAGCAUUCUGUGACGUUUGCAAAUCUUCUGCGGCGUACCUGAAUUUCGUGCGAACAAUGGCUGCAUGAAAACAUAAAAGGCGACCGUAAUCGGAGAAAGGUGGUAUUUAUAAAACGCU